AUUCGCUCCAUUAACGACCCCGAGCACCCCCUCACGCUGGAGGAGCUGAACGUCGUGGAGCAAGUGCGAGUGAAAGUGAGCCCCGCAAGCACGGUGGCGGUGGAGUUCACUCCCACCAUUCCUCACUGCAGCAUGGCGACGUUAAUUGGCCUCUCCAUAAAAGUGAAAUUGAUCCGAUCCUUGCCUGAGAGAUUUAAGCUGGAUGUUCAUAUAACACCAGGAACACAUGUAUCUGAGCAUGCAGUUAAUAAACAGCUUGCUGAUAAAGAACGGGUAGCGGCUGCUUUGGAGAACUCUCACUUACUGGAAGUGGUGAAUCAGUGCUUGUCUGCUCGACCAUAA